AUGGAGUACGCCCCUCUCCCCCCUCUCCCCCCUCUCCCCCCUCUCCCCCCUCUCCCCCCCCCUCUCCCCUCCCUCCCUCCCUUCUGCGGUGUGACCUACUUCAGCCUCAGUCUCAGUCGACUUCUCUCUCACUUCCACUGUGAGAGGGCGUGGACCGCAGGGUGUGGACCGCAGGGCGUGGACCGCAGGGCGUGGACCACAGGGCGUGGACCGCAGGGCGUGGACCACAGGGCGUGGACCACAGGGCGUGGACCGCAGGGCGUGGACCGCAGGGCGUGGACCACAGGGCGUGGACCACAGGGUGUGGACCGCAGGGCGUGGACCACAAGGCGCGGACCACAGGGUGUGGACCGCAGGGCGUGGACCACAAGGCGCGGACCACAGGGCGUGGACCACAAGGCGCGGACCACAGGGCGCGGACCACAGGGUGUGGACCACAGGGCAUGGACCGCAGGGCGUGGACCACAGGGUGUGGACCGCAGGGUACAGCGGCCCCUGGCUCCGGCGGACGGGCCCCCGGCGGCUCCUCCUGAGUGUGGCCCCCGAGGGCCCAGGGCGGCGUCAGCCCCUCCCCCGGCCCACUGUGCUCUGUGUGAUAAGAGCAGAGCCAAAGCUGCAGACUCUGAGAACUCCAGGGCACAGGACUGA